GAAGAUUCUUUUGACUGUAAAGAUGAAGAGUCUACUUUUUCUGGUGCUGAUUUCUAUCUGCUGGGCUGAACCUCACCCUGACAACUCAAGUCUGGAGCAUGAGCGAAUUAUUCACAUUCAAGCAGAAAAUGGACCCCGUCUACUUGUGGUAGCAGAGCAAGCUAAAAUCUUCUCACACCGGGGUGGCAAUGUCACACUGCCAUGUAAAUUUUACCAUGAACACACAUCAACAGCUGGCUCAGGAACCCACAAAAUCCGGGUCAAGUGGACCAAACUCACCUCAGAUUACCUCAAAGAAGUGGAUGUCUUUGUUGCGAUGGGACACCACAGAAAGAGCUACGGAAACUACCAGGGCAGAGUGUUUCUGAGGGAAAGCAGCGAAAAUGAUGCCUCUCUCAUCAUCACAAAUAUAAUACUGGAGGAUUACGGGAGGUACAAGUGCGAGGUGAUUGAAGGAUUGGAGGACGAUACAGCAGUGGUAGCUCUGAAUUUGGAAGGUGUCGUAUUCCCUUACUCUCCACGGCUGGGUCGUUACAACUUAAACUUCCACGAGGCUCAGCGAGCUUGUCUGGACCAAGACUCUGUUAUCGCCUCCUUUGACCAGCUCUACGACGCCUGGAGGUCAGGGCUGGACUGGUGUAACGCCGGCUGGCUCAGCGACGGCUCCGUGCAGUACCCCAUCACCAAGCCCAGGGAGCCCUGCGGAGGGAAGAACACAGUGCCUGGGGUCAGGAAUUACGGGUUCUGGGAUAAAGAUAAAAGCCGAUACGAUGUUUUCUGUUUUACUUCAAACUUCAACGGUCGUUUUUACUACCUAAUUCACCCAACCAAGCUGACCUAUGAUGAAGCCGUUCAGGCGUGCAUGAAGGAUGGAGCCCAGAUCGCUAAAGUUGGCCAGAUAUUUGCCGCCUGGAAGCUGCUGGGGUACGACCGCUGCGAUGCCGGCUGGCUGGCUGACGGCAGCGUCCGCUACCCCAUCUCCCGGCCAAGGAAACGCUGCAGUCCUAACGAAGCAGCGGUUCGCUUUGUAGGCUUCCCUGAUAAAAAGCACAAGCUGUACGGUGUCUACUGUUUCCGAGCAUACAACUGAAAAUACCUAGAGCACAAAAGUUUUAAAUUCAUUAAGAACAUGUGAAAGAUUUUUUUUUUUCCGAUAUGAACUCAUGCAAGUUACCAAAACUGUGAUAAACCUUUUUUACUUACUGUAAAGUGUCAUUUUCAUAAACCCAACCCAUUAAUUUGUGGGGUCUUUUUUGUGUUAAUAUUUUUGUAAAAGUAUCAUUCCAUAGUUAUUUUAAAUUAAUAUAAUUUAAUGGAAGCUCUAGGUAAGGAAGUUUUAGAGCCAAAUUCUUUAAGCUACAUCAUCCCAACAAAAUAUACUUUCCAUGAAUGGGGCAUGCAAUAGAGCUUGAUAAUUGCUAGGGCACAAUUAUGGAAUGUAAGGCUACUCAAAGCAGAAGCUUUUAAAAGCACAAAUUUUACAUAUUUGUAUCAGUUUGAGAAACACUGCAAAUUAAUUUUGAAAUAAGAUAAACUUUUUGUUAAAGGGGAUCAGUGAGGUUUUGC